AUGAAUCCGCUGUCCGCAGAAUGGGCAGCAGCUCGGCUGAGACAAGAAGCGCACCGACUGCGCCCACCUGGACCAUGCGCGCAACCGCCCCUCCCCGCGUCACCGUGCUGUGCGCCAGCAGCGCGGAGAAAUGGAUCCUUGGUCUUGUGCGUUGCGGCGAAAAAGUCUGAAGGGGCCACAAAGCAGGCGACGGAGCGCCGCGAGUUCUCAUUGGCUCUCGGCGGACGCGACACGGUUCACCACCAGCAUCCCCACUGGGCGCCUCGCGUGUACCACCACGUCGACGUGGCACUCAGCGACUCGGAGAAAGAGGGCGGGAAAAAGAACGGCGGGAAGAAGAAAGCCUGGAAGAGAGACGCCAUGAAUGGCGCCGCGAUGGCCACGUUGGCGGCGCGCGUGGAAAAGGCGGCCUCAGGCUUGAAGGGUGGCGGCGGGGAGGAGCGAACGCGAGUGGAGAGUCUCGAGGCGGGGCGCGUGGAUACGGCGGUUCCCGGUUUGAAGGGUGGCGACGGGGAGAAGCGGGCGAGAGUGGAGAUGCUGGAAGGGGGGCGCGUGGAGCGGCGAGCGCACUACCCGGACGACGCGGAGUCGCACGCCGUGGCUGCGGCGAGGGACGGCGGGGCGAGGAGGGGCGGGUACGACUACGACGAGGAGCUCGCGCGACUGCAGGGCGAGCUGGUGAAGCUACAGGAGUGGAUAUCCCGCAAGGGGCUGCGAGUGGUGGUGCUCUUUGAGGGGCGGGACGAAGCAGCCAAGGGCGACCUCAUGAGCGCCAUAGCAGGGCCGCUCAACCCGCGCGUCUGCAGCGUCACGGCGCUGGGCGCCCCUUCCGACCGCGAGCGCACGCAGUGGUACUUCCAGCGCUUCGUCGCUCACCUGCCUGCCGCCGGCGAGAUGGUGCUGCUGGGCCGCAGCUGGUACGCACGUGCAGGCGAGGAGCAUGUGAAGGGACUCUGCUCUGAUGCAGAGUACCGAGACUUCCUGCGCUCGUGCCCCGAGUUUGAGCGCAUGCUGGUGCGAUCCGGCAUCAUCCUCGUCAAGUACUGGGUCUCAGUCAGCCCUGAGGAGCAGGAGCGGCGGUUUCGCGAGCGGCUGGCGCGGCCGGAGCAGCGGUGGAGGGUGAGUGCGGAGGACGUGGAGAGGCGGGCGCGGUGGGCGGAGUAUUCAUAUGCCAAGGACGUGAUGUUUGGGUUCUGUGACAUCAAGCAGGCGCCGUGGUUCGUGGUGCCCGCGGAUGAUGAGAGGCGCGCGCGGCUGAAUGUGAUGGCGCACCUGCUGGCGCACAUCCCCUAUGAGGAUGUCCCGCUGCCCAGCAGUGUGGCCCUGCCGCCGCUGCAGCAGGACUUUCAUGUGCGCCCGCCCGUGUCGGACCAGACCCACGUGCCGCAGCUGUUCUGA